UGAACAGCAGAUAGUUGAUUAAUUCCAACCUGUUUAUCGAUCUGUAUUUUUUUCUUUUUUUUCUUGUUCUGAAUAUGAUUAUUUCUCUUGUGGAAGAACAAGAAAAUCAAGAUAGAAAGAAAGCCAGUGCCUCUUCAACAUACAAAAGUUAAGCCAUAGCCACGAAAGCAAAAUCUAGAAAUUGCUCUCUCUUUUCUUGGCCCACAGCCUCCGGCUAUUGACCGGUUACAAUGCCGCCCGUGGCCAUGGGCAGCAGUGUGCCCCCCGUGGAUCGCAUCAGUUCCCAUUCGAACGAGACCAUCGAGGAGCGAUGCUUCCAUGGCGUCCUGAUAUGUCUGGAGGGCCACUACUCCGAGUCGCCCCUCAUGGGCCCCCAAACUUCGGUCAAGGUUACGAGCAUGGUCGCCAAGACUCUUGAGAAAACCCAUACGUACAAGGACGUCCGCGAGGCUCUGUCCAAGAAUGUGAGCAUAUGGAUGUAUCUCUGCAAGAUAUUUGCAUCCGCCAUCCCGACGUUGAGCAAGCGCUCCGUUGGGUCCAGCGCUCUUGACAAGGACAUGGACACCCGGGAAAGCACUGGCCUUAUCCUCAAGAACUAUGCCCUGUUGAAGGAAGACCUGCAGCUGCUUAACAAGUUGAUGCAUAUCGCCCGCAACCUGUUGGUCACCUCGGAACCUGAGGUCCCCCAGGACAUCUGCACCGCAGUUCAGUUUGACCAGAUGGUCUACCAAACAAUCACCCUUUGUGUCAACGUCACCAGCAAGGGAUGUGAUGCCGAAGGGCUGGAUGACGUCUCGAAGCUAAGGCUAUCCGAGAUUACCGAACUCUACAAGAAGUUGAUGGUCACGUCUCUUCAGCAGGCUCACAACUGGACAGCCAAAAACGACCGCAACAAGAUGUCGUUCUGGUAUCACGUUUUGUUUGAGGACGAUUCAACCGCCGACGACGACGAGACUGGUUUCCGCCUAGAAGUUGCCAAAACUGAAGUGUGGCACUGGAUCGAGCGCAAUGUCACGAUGUGUGACAAAGCUCGUGCUCUUCUCAAAGACUACCACGAAAAGCAAGCCCACGCGCCGCCCGGAUUGUUGCCUCAGAUAGGCCCAUGGGCAUGCAACUGGCUAGAAGAUGAGGUAUACAAAGCCCGCGUCGUGCACCCACACCCUACCACGGAACCCGUCUGGAACGAGCAGGAACCGGAUAAGUUUGAGCAAGACAAGGCAUAUGGACGUGUGUCGCACGAGAUAGACAUGUGGUGGACCAGAGCUCGAGACGAGAACUACUCGGAGUGGAGAGUUCCUAUGCCCUCUGUUGAGUUUGCUCAAAAGCGGGCCGAGGCCUGCAAGGUAAAUCUCCUCAACCAGUACACCGCUUAUCGGGAGGGAGACUAUGAGGAUGACGACGAGGGCAGCUUCGAGUAUGCCGAGGUUGAGGGCGAAGAGGACCUCGAGCCCGAGGGUGAAGGUUCUAUCCACGACGGGCCCAGGGAUGAUUCGCGCAGCCUCGUCCAGGGUUAUGUGGAGGACAUGAACGAAGAGGAUGAGGAAGAGGAGGGGGAUGAUGACGCCGAGUCCUAUGGGGAUGGGCCAAUGACCGGCCUACUCACUGAAAUCCCCAACAUCCUCGAUCCCAAGCAAAUCGAGGCGCUCCACAUGAUUGUCAAAUCAUGCAUGGUAGACACGGUCAACAGUCUUGCCCCGUACGAAAACAGACAACGGACCAGGUGUCGCAUGUUCAUUGCUCUUGAGUGCGGCAAAAGCCUGCUCCGAGAGAUGUUGGUCUUCAUCGCCGUCUGGGAGAAAGACGAGGCAUCCCUGAUCUUCCAGAUCACGACGCAGAUUGUCGAGGCUCUUCACCACAAUGCCCUCCUUCCUUACACCUGGAAGGCCCUGCGCAUACCAAAAGACAUCACUUCGCCUGCUCAGACGGUUCUCCUACGUCUCAUCAAUCACAUGUACCGCACACAACCCAAGAACACUCCGGCGCCCGAGUCUCCGGCCGAAAAGCAUGUGGCUGACAACCGUAUUCGGCUUUUGCACUUCCUUUUCAUCAACUUCCGAAGCCGUAUUGUACCUGAAUGCCUGGCCCUCAUGGUUAUACAAGCGCACAUAAGGGAGCGCGAGAUCCACGAGGCGGAUUUCCCCGUGGAUAACUGGGACAUGGAGAGGGCCAAGGACGGUUUGGCCCAGUUCCUUGACUUCCUCAUCACAGCCGCUGAAGACUACGAACUUCGUACCAAGCUGAUCGAGUGGGAUGCCACGUACGAGCUGGUAACACUUUUGAGGAACCUAGAGAGGGCCGUGGAAAAGAAGCCACUGGUGUCGAUGCCUCCCAUGGCCGGCCAUAACCCCAACACAACAGGCUCCGUAUCACCGGCAAUGCCUCAUUCUGCCCACGCCCAUGCCAACGGGGACGACGAUCUUGAUGGCCACCCACCGCCUCCGACUCCUCCAGUCAUGCCUCCCGGCCAGGAGGCAGCAUACAAAUACCCAUGGCCUGAGGUCAAGUGCCAGGUACUCGCGCUCCUGGCCGCUCUUCUCCAGCCCCCUCCUGGUAAGACAACUCCCGGAAACGAGAUUGUGCAGAAGAAGGUGGUUCAGUACAACGGCAUGCCCGCGCUCCUCAACUCCAGUCUUUACGAUGACAACAACCGGUUUGCUCGCGAGAGAGUUCAGCUUUGUCUCAAGUGGCUUCUCGACGGCGGUGUGGAAGCCAACCAAUUCGUCAACAAUCUGGUCAAGGUGAAAGAGGCCGAGGAUGGCGAGGCGAGAGCCAAGGCGGCAGCAAGCAACCACAAUCCGGCAGCUGCCUCUCCUACCCCGCCAACAGUGGCCAACGCAAAGUCUGCCCCGACGAAUAGUGGCAAGCCCAAGCCCGGCGAGGUCACGACUGUGCGCAUCGAUGGCAUCGAGGGAGAGGUCAAGGUCAAGGUGCAAGCCUAUACGCCGCCUGCUGGCAAUGCUGCCAACACUUCAAAGUCCGGAGAGGCAAGAGAUGCUCCAAACCAGGCCGCUGCUUCUUCAUCGACAGCUCUGCCUGCUCGCCCAGCCCCGCAACCUGCUGGUGCUACUCCUGCCACGGCGGGGCCACAAAGGCCUCCCAACGAUGCUGAUAGAGAAUACAUGUAAGGGCAUACUCGUAUGGGAAACUUUGAUUUGUUUUUAUUAUGUUCCCAUCAUUCUGCGGUCGCCCACACAAUCUCUGUCAUUUAUACCCCGUGUCGAGCCCACGCUGUUGUGGGAUGAGGGGGGAAAAAAAGAAAGAAAAACUAAGAGAGGAAAUUAUACUUGCUGUCACUUUGCUCGCUACCAAAAGCCCUCUUGUCAUUUCACAAUUUCCAAAACAAAACAAACAACAUUCUUAUUCUUACCCGCGUUGAAUCAUAGGAACAAGUUGAGCGAAGCCAUAGAAUCAUUAGUCCUCCCGGGCCUGCAGAGCAUAGGAGGAGUGCAGGGGCAGGCGGGGCAAGGAGCAACAGCAGCGGCGGCGGCAGCAGGCCUAUCGGUGCCGCUCCUCGGGCCGGGCGUCGACGCGCUCGUCGGGACGCCCGGUGCCGAGCAGGGCGCCGCCCUGCUCCUCGAGUCCAUGAUUGGCCUGUACCAGAUGGGUGCCCAGCAGCGCGGCAUCCAGGUCGAGGUUCCCGAGGAGUGGAGGCGGCUGCUGCGCGAUGGCUGGGAGGCCAGGAUCCCCACCGUCUCCGAGUGGCUCAGGCAGCGGGUUCUCGAGUUCGAGGCCAGGAUACCCGAGGAGUUUCUAAAGCGCGUCGAGGAGCAGCACGAGGCGAGGACUCGGAUCCCGCCAGGCGAUGGUGGCGCAAAGGGCAACGGGAAUUAGAUUGUUUUCUUUGUUUGGCGGCUAUGAGACUUUGGCAAGCAAAAAUGAAAACGAUUUGUAUUGACCUGUGGACGUGCGGAGGUUUCUUUGUUUUUGUCCCUGAUUCUCUUUUUGUCGUCUUUCUUUUGAGGGUGUCAUUGAUUGGCGGGCGUAUGAGUUUUGUUUGUAUUAACAUUACUGCUUAACUGGAGCCUAGUGAAAGAAAGGAGAGUAUGAAGCCAAUCUCUAGUAGAUGGGCAUCUGAAAAGAAUUGUACAGACCAUGGUAUUACUAUUUUUAGGAACAAACGGCAGACUGGACUGAUUUGAGCAACG